AUGGAACGAAUGGAAUAUCUCAAUGCAUUUUCUUCCUUUUCCAGUAGAAAUUUAUGGCAACAACCAAAUUGGACUUCAGGGCAACAGCUACUACCAACACAAGUAAUAGGAACAGAGCAAGGAAGAACAGAUUCUAAUAUGAAUGGUGUGAUGCCAGGGCCUUCAAACCAUUUACUAAAAAAUGCUGAGCAAAUAUUUACUAAUGAUCUUUUAUCGUUGUCCACUCCAACUGCACAUCAAAGGAUGCAGCAAUAUCCUUUCUUUGUUGGCACUCUGAAUCUUCCUAUCCCGCCAGUUAUUUACGGUUAUGCACCGCCAGUCAUGGCUGGAAUCAAUUCUCACACUAUGGUAAGCUGCUGUCAUCCAACACCGUUCCCUCUUUUGACUCGACUACUGAAUGUAAAAGAUAUUGGAGAGAAGAAGACUCUUGAAGUAGCCCAAAAAGAAAAUUUUCAUAAGCAGCAUUUAAGACUAGAUUCAACAAAAUUAUUACCUCCUCAUGUCCAAGACUAUUUGCAAUCUAUAUUGGCAAUUCGGAAACGACAAAGUUCAGAGUUUCCUCAGGUGGAACAGGAAGUGCCUGGUGUUAGUGAGUUGCUAACAGUUAAAAGACCUAAAGUUAAUGUUAUUAUCCAUUCUGAGACAAAGCAUCUACAAGUCCCUUCUUGUCCUGAUGGUAAAUCAGCCAUGAAAGAAGUAGAAAUUAAGCAGGGAGAAAUUUCGGGUACUGUGAACAUCAAGUAUGGUUUACAAGACACAUAUAACAGUUAUGGUGAUAGUGAGAGCAUCCGAGAUGAAGUUAAUCAAGAGAUGCAGUAUGUGGACGUAGAAACAGUGGAUGACAAAUCAAAUGCGAAGGAGCAAAAAAAGGCGCUCAUUGAAUUUUACAGAAAAGUCAAGGCUAUCCGUUUGAGCUAUGGAGUAGAGGAUAAGUUAAUUUGUCAAAUGUGUGAGCAAAAAGUUUCUAAUUCCGAUUCAUUAAUAUUAAUGCAUUUGUAUGGACAUAGUGAAGUAAUGCCAUAUCGGUGCAAGAUAUGUGGUGCUGGCGAAUGGCAGUUAGAUCGAAUCUAUGCUCACAUUACGCGGGAACAUCCGAAAAUGGAUCCGUUAAUAACUUACGAAAAUCGAAGAAAUAUGCCGCAAUUAAUUAGUUUGUUGAGGAAAUGCUUUGCGCGAAAUAUUGCUAAAAGUAGACCGGCAUAUUCUAGUGUUAUCGAUAGAAUUUGUGAAGAGGCGCAAAAAAGGUUAUCUCAAAAAGUUACUUGCCUAAUUUGUGUCAAAAAUGUAAUAGCUCGCAGGAAUUCACUUAUUCGUCAUGCUCAAUCACAUCUUCAUCACAAAUGUAGAAUAUGUGGUCUAAUGAUGUUUAAUGAUGGUUCCGUCAGUAAACAUAUUAUAAAAGAGCAUGGUAUUCAAAAUCCACAUUCUGGCGUUCAUUAUAACCCAUGCGUUACUACUUCUGAGAGGACGGAAAUGGCUUUAACGACUUGUUUUUCUGAUUUGUUACGAUAA